AUGAUGAAUAUUCCUAAAAAAGUCAAUAUAAUUGUACAGCGUGGGGAGAAUUUGGAAUACACUUCGUCACUUAAAAAAGCCUCUAAAAGUCGUCGAUGGCGCGUUAUAUUUUUGGGUGGAGCGGUUAAAUUAGCCUCAGAGUAUGUUGAUGCAGAAGAUGGUCGUCCAAUAUGGGAUUGUGAAGUAACAUUAGAUUUGAUUAGUCCAUCAGAUCCAGUUACUUUACUUGUUGUCGAUGGAGAUAAUCAUCAUAUCGGUCAAGUUGAUAUCCCCUUAAAUCAAGUUCCCCAAACUGGCAAUCCAAAUUUCGACUUAUCACGGUUAUGUUAUUCUGAUUUAAAAGCGAAGCGAAAAAAUUCUAAUGCACAUGGACGUUUAGUUUAUUGGAUUUGGGCUAUUGACUAUUGGCCUCCAGGAACUCAAGCUAAUACUGUACACCAUUCUAAAUCAUUACGUGGUUCACUUACAAAUCUUAGUUCGAAAAUACGUUCAAAAUCUAAGCAUAGAUCCAAAAAUGAUAAUGAUUACACUAAUGGUUAUCAAAAAAGGGAAAUUAAUGGUUCAUCUACUACUUUACAAGUACCCGGUAUGUCAUAUAAUCCAUUUGAAAAUGAUGGUACUGUAAGUGAAUUCAGUGGACCGAUGGGUUUACCACCAAUGUAUCAAUCACAUUCAAAUAGUCCAUAUGCUCAAUCAGAAUUUGGUGGAUCACUUGCAGGCAGUAUAAAAUCAUCUAAACAAAAAAAUAUGUUGAAGAAAUUUAAAUCGAAACUUUCUCAUAGUACACUUAAUUUGGCUGAAGCAGCAGCUAAAAAAGCUGCUGGGAAAGAUCCUUACUUUCAAAGUCUUGAAAAAGGAUCAAAAUCAAAUUUAAGAGGAAGUCAAUCAUCUAUUGGCGGGACAUCUUAUCGAGCCUCAACUUCUCAAUUAGAUAUUUCUACUCGUCUAGUCAGCGAUAAUGGUGGUGGUUACCCAUCACAAAGUUUGUAUCCUCGUCAAGAUUCAGGUAAAUCAAGGAUAUCAGCCAGUUCAUAUUUAGAUGAGCAAGGUGUUGCAACACCUAUUCAACAGCGAACUGAUGGAGUUGGUGAAGUUUCAGCUGCACCCUUUGAGUCACCUGGUAGUUUUCAUACUUCAGCAUUCGGUGCUCAACCUGAUGAUCGACCUAGUAAACCUAUUGAAGAUAUGACAAAGCGUGAAACAGCUGAAUAUGUGACACAUUUACUAAAAUCGUUACAAACUGCUCGAACAGAGAUUACUCGUUUACAAAUAGAAAAUGAUCGAUUGACUGGUCAUUCACAUGAAUCUGAACGAGAAUUAAAUGAAGUUCGUAUGACUUUGGCAACAUUACGCAAUCGUCUAUUAGAAGACAAUCUUACACAAUAUCUUGAAUUGCCUCGUGAAACCAAUGGUUACAUGGGUAUUGGAAGUAGCAGAGUCGAUAGUGUUAUUGGCCUUAGUGUGCGUAAUAAUACUGGUAUGAUGAACAAUGCCAAUCCAUUUGACAAUGUACGACAUGAAAGUACUAUUGAACCCCAAUCAUUUUUGUCGAAAAUCUCCUCUCUAGGAAUGAAUGCUCGUUUAGGAAAUAUCAUUCCACCGACAAAUAAUCAAUUACAAACAAAUGGAAACAGUGCUAAUAUUGUGAUUUCAAGAUAA